AAAUUUUAGAAAUGGUUGGACGGAGGUAAGCGCAAAUCAAACCUGUCAGGAGCGCCUUAAUCAUGUUGUGCCGUCCGACUUGUUUGGUGAAAUAGCAGGAGCAUCGGAUACAGAUUUUAUAGAAGCUUGCAUUAUGGAUAUAAAGUUAACAGGGGACACAACUUUCAUUCAAGACACUGCAAGAGCAAUGCAAACUAUCACACUUGUGGAAGCUUAUAGAAAUGAAACUCUUUCCAUACUGAAAACAGACAAUGGGACACAAACCAUUUUAGAAUACGCCACAAGUUUUCUAUGCUCUAACAAUUGUUCAGGAAACGGAAACUGUACAACAGGUACUUGCUACUGUUUUGACGGAUUUGUAGGCCCGGAUUGUUCUCAAGAGGUAAAUGUUCCUCCCUCUAAUAUAAGUGUUCCACAAGAAGGAUUAUGCGGUACACGUUCCCGUGCAUGUAGGAGAACAAAUAUUUAUGGAAUAUUUCCAACAUCAGAUGUGUGGUGUAAAAGGAAUCAUUUUCAGAUUUUAGAGAAUGAAACGGUGUACAUAUCAAACGGUACAGUGGUAAAAGCUGACUAUAGAAAUGGUUUUAUGGUGACAUGUGAGCUCCAGUCUUCGAGACGAAAAAGAUCGACAGCAGAAACGAUAAUUGCUGAAGGAUAUGAAAUAAGUGUUUCAAACGAUGGAAUACACUUUGGAGAUUCAGUUAGAAUUAUCAUUUAUGACGAACUUUGUCAUGAAUGCAACUCCACCACAAUUACCUGCGUAGUAUUGGAUGGCUGUCCAUAUUUUACAACAGCAAGCGCAGAAACGACAUUAGAUGAAACAACCACACAAACGAUUACCACUCAAGAAACAAUAACCCAUAUGACUACCACUCAAGACAUUACGACUAAACUUGAAACAGAUCAGAUGACGUCAACAUUUGAACAAACGUCAAAGUCCACAAUGUAUGAUGUAACAACGACACAAGAAGUAACGACAAAACCAAAAACAACUGACUGGCUAACGCCCACAGUUCAACUAUCAACGCCACAAACAACAAAUGAUGGAACUACUACAUCAGACGUGAUGAAAAAACAGACAACCAGUGGCCUAACGACACCGACUACACAUAAACAAAGUACUUUAUCAGAGGCUACGACAAAAUUGACAACUGAUCAGCUGACAACAACAGCUGAACUAACAACAGAGACUACAGCAUAUGACGUAACUACGUCCCUAGAUGUAACAACAAAACCGACAACAACUGAUAGGCUGGCGUCCACAGAACAACUAUCAACGCAACAGACAACAUAUGAUGGAACUACUACAUCAGACAUGAUGCCAACACAGACAACAAGUGGCUUAACGACACCGACUACACCUACACAAACUACUUCAUCCGAGGCUACGACAAAACUGACAACUGAUCAGCUGACGACCACAGCUGAACUAACAACAGAGCGUACAACAUAUGACGUAACUACUCCACUAGAUGUAACAACAAAACCGACAACAGCUGAUUGGCAAACUUCCACAGUUCAACUAUCAACGCAACAAACAACAAAUGAUGGAACUACUACGUCAGACGUGAUGAAAAAACAGACAACAAGUGGCCUAACGACACCAACUACACAUAAACAAACUACUUUAUCAGAGGCUACGACAAAACUGACAACUGAUCAGCUGACAACCACAGCUGAACUAACAACAGAGACUACAGCAUAUGACGUAACUACGUCCCUAGAUGUAACAACAAAACCGACAACAACUGAUAGGCUGGCGUCCACAGAACAACUAUCAACGCAACAGACAACAUAUGAUGGAACUACUACAUCAGACGUGAUGACAACACAGACAACAAGUGGCCUAACGACACCGACUACACCUACACAAACUACUUCAUCCGAGGCUACGACAAAACUGACAACUGAUCAGCUGACGACCACAGCUGAACUAACAACAGAGCGUACAACAUAUGACGUAACUACUCCGCUAGAUGUAACAACAAAACCGACAACAGCUGAUUGGCGAACAUCCACAGUUAAAAUAUCAACGCAACAGACAACAUAUGAUACAACUACAACAGGCAUGACGACAAAAAAGAUAACGAGUGGCGUAACCACACCGACAACACACAGACAGACUACUUUAUCAGAGGUUACGACAAAACUGACAACUGAUCAGCUGACGACCACAGCUGCAUUAACAACAGAGACUACAACAUAUGACGUAACUACUUCACUAGAUGCAACAACAAAACCGACAACAAAUACUGAUUUCCUGAAGUCCACAGUUCAACUAUCCACACAACAGACAACAUAUGAUGCACAAACUACAUCAGACGUAACGACAAAACAGACAACAAGUUGUCUAACAACACCGACUACACAUAAACAAACUACUUCUUCAGAGGUUUCGACAAAGCUGACAACUGAUCAGGUGACGACCACAGCUGAACUAACAACGCAGCCUACAACAUAUGAUGUAACUACUUCCCUAGACGUUACAACAAAUUUAACGUCCUCUAAGAUGACUUCUACGGCUUAUUUAAGGCCACAGCCUACAACAUUUGAUGAAAUUGCCUCACCAACAAUCACAACAAAAACGACGACGAGUAAUGAUCUUAUGUCAACAGCUGACCAAUCAACGCAGACAUCACCGUUUGAGGUAACUUCUACCACCGAUAAAGCAAAACAGUCAACAUCCAGUGAAACUACGCCUUCGACAAGUUAUAUGUUCAAAACUUCACUAGAAAAAACAACAAAUCCGACUAAAGGAGUUAUUGAAACACAAUCCACAAAAGUAGGUGAUACAUCAAGAUCCGACACCACAAAACAGCCAACAAUAACAAGCACAACGCAAUCAACAAAGUUUGAACCAACUACACAAGAAGUAACAAUAGAAGAUACAAAACUUACGACAACCAGCGGUCGGACAACACAAAAGUUAGAAACAUCAGCAAAAACAAAAAACUUACAAACCACAACAAAUUCAAUUACGACUAGGACUGAACAGAAAACAUCACCUCUGGAAGAGGAUACAUCUACGAAGGCAGAUGAAACUUCAGUCAUCGGGAAAAUAACAACAUCAGACACACAAAUCAAGAAUGAAGUAUCAGACGAGUCAAGCGAUGAAAUGAGGGUAGUAUAUGUGAUUUUAUGUUCAUUUGGUGCCGUUAUUACAGUGGCCCUUAUUGUAACUGCCAUAGUAAGCCUUUACUACAGAAGUCUCAGGCACAAAAAAGAAAAGGUUUCAUCUAGAAACAGAAGUCAAACAAGAUACAACGGAUCAGAGAUCAGUUCGGACUUUGAUGCAAAAGACUGUACCUUUUAUGGAGCAGGAUCAUUCCAAUAUGGCGAAAAAGAGCUACCAUUCACUAAUUUUCGAUACGUGAAAAGAACUAACACUUCGUCUAGCUCCAUUAACAAUAUAUAGUUGCAAGGAAAAUUCAUUAUAUAAUUAUUUAGUCUGCAGAUAUUAUUGGAAUAUUUUAUUUAAUUUAAAAAUUGAAGAGCAAAAAAAAUAAUGUAAUUGCACACACUUUUUAUUAUAUACUCAAAACUGUUAAGUAAAAUUAAGAAUAAUCUCUGCAAUACAUUACUCUGAUUCUUUAGCAAGGUAAACCAUGUGAAGCAUGAUAAUGCAUUAUGUUCAGAGCAUUCUAUCUCAACUUUCAUAAUGCGAGGGUAAUGUAUCUUUAAACUUGUUAUUUGUUUUUAUGUUAAUCUUUUUGGUAUUUUAAUUAAUUUCCUUAAGUCAUUUCAGUAUUCGCUUCAAACAUUUUGCUCUAUAAAUGUUGUUGUAUCGCCAUAAUUGUUGUUCCAGUAUAUGUAUAAUACCGUUUGUACACAUAUUCCUCCGUGAAACAGUACUCCCAGUGCUCUUGUAGUAAUUAUAUUUAAAGAAACCAAUCCAAACGUGUAAUUAUAUUUAAAGGAACCAAUAAAACGAUUUUUUGAUUUAAAGCAAUAUAUGCACAUAAAAAAAUAUGUAUAUCAAAGAUACUACCAACUGUUUUUAAACUAUAUAUGGAUUGCAAUUUUUCCUAAACUUAUCGAAUUACAUUUCAAAUGUGUAAUUUAGGAUUCUGACAUUACUUUUUCAUAUUACUGAAGAUUUAGUAAAAUAAUAAAGACGAAAAGGUUAAUCAAACUUAUUAUUGAUACAUUUUAUAAUAUUUUCAGUAUUUAUCUUAUUCUAUUUGUUCACCAUGGUUAACAAGCCGAAAAUGUAGUCGAAAUCAACAUUUGUGUGCAUCUUCGCACAUUCAUUUUAUCUGAGAAUAAAAAAAAUGUAUAGCAGAUAAGCAAUCUUUUAAUUAUAUUCAACAUCUUAUGUAUAAAUGUCUUUAGUUUAUUGGAGGUUGUAGUAUUGUAAGUUAUCAACAGUAAAUGUUACUUUAUGAAAGUUUCAAUUGAUGACUAUUUCAUGGGCAUUAAUAUCUAAUUUCAAAAUCAAUAAUAGAAAUGAGAACGAGUGAACAUUUUUUUACGAGCAAUGUUCAUUGUAAUGAGAUAUAUUAUUCUUUUGAUGUAUAUUUGUGAAAGCAAAAUAAAAAUCCCAUGAUUCCACAAGAUAAUGGAAAACAUUUAAGAAUAAUAAUAAAAACACAAAGAAAAACACAAUUUUGUUUUAAAUAGAGAAUCAAACUUAAAGUAAGUCAGAUUUGACCACUAAAUCCACUACAUCAUAAACCAAUCUCCAAAUAUCAUUAAUAAGCUUUGCGAUACUAAACCUGCAGGACAUAUAUUAUUUGAAAACACGAUGACUUUUUAUAGCAUUACGUGUCAAAAGCAGGAAUAUAUAUAUAUAUAUAUACAAAACCACAUACUACUACUACUAAUAAAUAUAAUAAUUAUCAUAAAAAUAGUAAUGAUUAAAGUACUGAAAAUGUACAAACAGAAUUUACAAUUAAAACGGUACCCAUACCGAAGCGCCGGUUAUAAAACUGGUUACAAUGUCAGAAAUAUAAUGUAAUUAAGACUUUCUCCACCAGCGAUGAGUAAGGUUUCUUCUUUUGAUAUAUGCCCAAAAAUAGAAAAUAUAUUCAUUUUCAUUAUGAAAGUUAAUAUUAAAACGUAACUAUGUAAAACUAUUUUGAUAUUGACCAUAUUGAAUGAAAGAAAUACACGGAAAAAGUGAAUAUUUACUUUCUUUAUCUUUAUAUAAUAUUGUUUUUUAAGAAAGUAGACAUAAAACCUUAUUAUCAUUAUAUACUUAUUUGCAGUAGAAAUAUACAAUACUUUGUUUAUUCAACUGCCAAGAGAGAAUGAAAUAUGUAAACGUUUUCGUUUGCAACGUUAAUAACAGAUUAUAAAGGAAUUCCUAUCCACUCUAAUGAGGCUGUUUCAAAACCAAUCCAAUUCCUCUUUUAUUAUAAAUAUAGAUUUUGUUAAUAGAUAUAAUUUUUAAUUGGUCGAUUGACCCUUUCUUUAUAUUCUUGAGGGACUUAUAAAUAACAAAUUUAUACAAAUAAGUCUUAAGAAGAUGGUGCAAGUUUUCAUAUUCCGAAUGGGGAAA